AUGAUCCUCAUGGAUGCUCCUCUAAACUUCGAAGAAUGCCAGUCUACUUACAGACUUCAAAGAUUCAACGGGAAAUAUUAUGGAUGGUGGAAAAAUAGGAUGCACGACUUCAUCAUGGCUGAGAAUUCUGAGCUAUGGGAUGUUAUAUGUGAUGGACCUUUUGUCCCUAGCCAGAACCUUAGCGAAUUAGGUGUAGUCAUUCCCAAGACCAGGAAGGAAUUCAAUGACGCUGAUAGAAAGUUCAUAGAGAUCUGGGAAAACAAUAGGAUAUCAACAUGUCAAUUAGCAAAAGAGAUCUGGGAGGCUCUUCAGACAGCUCACAAGGGAACAACUCAGGUGAAACAAUCCAAGAUUGAUAUGCUCACAACUGAAUAUGAGCUCUUCAAAAUGGAAGAUGAUGAAUCCAUUCAAGAUAUGUACACACAAUUCACCUCCAUCAUUAAUGAGCUUUACUCUCUUGGUGAAAGUAUUUUGAGAAACAAACUUGUUAGAAAAAUCCUUAAUAUACUGCCCAGUUCUUGGGAAAGCAAAUUUAGCGCCAUUACAAAAGCUAAGGACUUGCAAACACUGGCCACGGAUGAACUUGUUGGAAACUUGAAAACUUAUGAGAUGAAGAAGAAGAAGGACAAUGAAAGAAGAGAGCCCAAUAGGGAAAAGAACCUGGUCCUCAAGACAAAUAGCAAUGACUCAAGUGGUGAAGACGAGGACAUGGCCUACUUGACAAGAAAAUUUCAGAAGAUAGUUCGCAGGAAUGGAGCCAUUCCAAAAAGGGGAACCAGGGCACUUCAUCAAGGAUUGCCCCAGCUAAAGCAAGAUCAGUACAAUAACAACCUUGAUAAAGCAGCCAAAAGGAACCAGGUUCCUGACAAACACUUCAAGAGGAAAAAUGAUGCUAACAAUAGUAUAAAACAAGCUCUUGUUGCAUGGGGAGAAUCCUCUAGCGAAUAUGAAGAAGAAAAUACUAGUUCAAUGAUGGUAGUGGAAACUGAAACAACUAAGUAUGAUUCACUCUUUGCUCUAAUGACUCGAUCUGAUGACGAUGAAGAUGACGAUGGCGAUGAGGUAGCAGUGAAGAACCGUGAUAUAAGUUGGAUAAGAGUUGUUGAAAACAAUGCUGAACUAUGGGAUAGAAGGCCGAGAUAUGAAAGUACUUUAUCAUUGAAUAAACUGGCCUUGAAGGACCUAGUUCGUGAUCUGACAAAGUUGAGUAUCAAGGAACACAAAGUGUGCAAUGCCCGUGCAAAAGGAAAGUAUGUCAGAUCUCCAUUUAAGCCCAAAAAGGAAGAGGGGCAGUUAGCACCUCAAGGCUACUUAAUCUUCCUCAUAUGGAUCUGUGUGGAGUAG